CAAGGACAAAUGUACCAGUCAGUUGAAAUGCCAUAUCUGGUAACUGCCGAUAUCCUGAAGGCUGCUUGUAUAUAACGCGCCUCGUUUUCCGGGCACGCUGAGUAUAUUCAUCCUCUUCCACAAACCACAGCAAUGAACAGAAUGAUGACCAUGUGCGGGGUGGCGGCCCUCCUGGCGGUGGGGGUCACUGCCUACCCCACGGGCGCCCCCUCCUCGGUGUGUGACGACCCCUUCAUGGAGCCUACCUACCACAGGGACUAUCUGAAUGCUACGGGAUACAACAACACGAACCAGUACACCCUACGGUCUAGCCCAGCAGAGGGCAGACCUGGCAUCGUUGAAGUGACUCUGACCGGCGCCCCCUUCAAGGGAUUUGUGGUGCGGGCCUCCACACCCGGAGAGAAUAAUGAAGGGGAGUUCAUCGUGGAUGAGGAUAGUCAGUUCCAUGCACUGCACUGCUCCAGCAACGAGAACGCGGCAGUGACUCAUAGCAGCCCAGAGUUCAAGCCUUCUGUCAAGCUGCUGUGGAGAGACAAUAACAGCGGCAACCACGUCUUCCAAGCCACGGUGGUGCCGACCAUCGAAACCUACGUCAUCAACAUCUUUGAAAGUUGAGUCGGUUAGAUGAUCGCCCCGCGCCACCCACACCUGGAACUUACCUGUUUGAUCAUUUUGAUGGCUAACCCAGGACAAAAGCAGUAGAUGCUUAAAGAUGACACAACGUCUGUUUUAUCAAAGUCUGUAUCUUGAAGUUGAGAUGUUAGUAGGAAAGUUCUGAUCAUAUUUUCUUGCUUAGUUGUUUUAAAUUUUUGUUGUAUUAAUUUGUUGUUGCAUUAAUUUGUUGUAGGCAUUAGAAACAUUACAACUGCGUUCAUUGUGUUGUUUUUAACACAGUACUGAAAUAUAUGUUUUCAAGUAAAAAGACACUUCUGGUUAUUGUCUUUGGUUUAACAUUGAAGUCAUUGUAAUAAUCUUUUUCAAAGAACUGUCUAGGAAAUUAAAUAGUUACAUUUU